AUGUAUUUACACUUUCGCUUCCUAUCACUCGUGGCCUUCGUGGGUGCUGGUGCAUCCAUUGUUGCUGCUACUGGCUCCAGCUCGACUUGCGAUGCCCUCUGCCUGGAAGUAGUGCAAAAUGGUUCCUCAUGGGAAAUAGACCAGCAUGCGUCUCGUGAUUUCUCGUUCUACGCGACACCAUCUAACUUUUCCUUUGAUCUUUCUCCGGGCAGCCUCAUCACCGUGGAGCCGGUCACCCAACUGUUGAACUACAGUAUUCCGAGCGGUCUCUCCAUGUCUCGCAUCAUAUACACCACUAAUGACCUGAAUGGUACUACGCUUCCGACUUCUGCAUAUAUCCUCUGGCCGUACACGCCACUCACGACUAGCGGCCACAAAGAUCAAGGAUAUCCGAUGGUAGCAUGGGCUCAUGGUACUUCUGGAGUACUGAGAGGCUGCGCACCGAGCAACUAUCGAAACCUGCAGUACCACUUCAUGACUCCCUUCCUCCUCGCCCUUCAGGGUAUGGUUGUCGUGGCGCCGGACUAUGCAGGACUCGGCGUCGACACAUUGCCCAAUGGACAGAAGAUAGGACACCCCUGGCUUAGCGGACCGGCACAAGCCAACGAUCUUGCCAACGCCGCCAUAGCUGCUCGGAAAGCUUUCCCCGAUCUCCUAACAGCUGACGGGCCCUUUGUUGCCAUGGGUCAUUCCCAGGGAGGAGGAGCUACUUGGGCAUUCGCCGAGAAGCAGGUCAAGGAACCUAUAUCUGGAUACAAAGGCACAGUUGCUAUUGCACCCACCACACGGACCUUCGACCAUCUGAAAGACGCUUUUAGCAACAUCACAGAACCUUGGGCCCAGGUAAUCAUUGCUGGACAACCUAAGCUUAUAUCUGCAGUCACUGCUGCGUUCCCGUCAUAUAAUUACUCAGGCCUAACACCUGUAUCUUACGAUAGAUGGUUCAACGUCCUGAAGCCUUUGGAUGGAUGCCUCCCGACAGACAGUCUUGCGUUCACAAACGUGACUGUUGACGAAUUAGCGGUUCCCAACUGGUAUGACGCACCCGAGGUCCAGGAAUAUGCAAAGUUAGCAGAAAACGGACGGAAGAAAUUCAAGGGUCCACUGCUCAUCGUCUCUGGGGAAGCCGACAUUGUAGUCCCUCUUGAUACGGUUGAGUCCGCGGUCGAUGAUACUUGCAAGAUGUUAAAAGAUGAGCAUUGGAACGAGUCACUUGAGUUAGUCACCUACUCAGCCAUGGAUCAUUUCCCGAGCAUUCAAGCUAGUCAGAUGAAGUGGCUACCGUGGAUUAAAGAUCAGUUGACUGGUGCACCACCACCACGACCCGGAUGUUUCAAGAGUGCCGUAACCGGAAUCCGUACAAACGACACCGUGCAAACUGCGACACCGAACUUCCUUGAGGGUUGGGCUAGUGCUGAAGAGAAUGAAAUCACCAGACUUUUGGCGUAUAAUCCAUUGACCGGUUUGUAA